AUACACUUGUAUGUGGAUUCGGUAGAUUAAUUUCCAAAAUGGCGCUUGAUGUUGAUAAAAAAAGUCUUUUGUAUUGAAAGCUUGAGUACAGAAUUGUUAAAAUGAAAUCCCUCAAAUAAUGCAGACAGAUAAGCAAGUGAAAAAGAAGAAAGCGAGAUCAUGGGCUGAAGCAGCUAAACUUGUGUUAGAGAAGUAUAAACAAACUCCUAUGAGCCAUAAAGCUAUACUGAAAUCAAUUCAAGAGGACAAUCUGAAAGAUAUUGGUGGUUCGGUUCCUUUAGCUUGCUUAAACUCCUGUCUGCAUGCUUACUCUCGUGGUAAAGAGGCUGUAUUUUACAAAGUUGCAGGAAGAUCUGGUGUCUAUGGUUUAAUGAAUGAUAGACCUGCUGGCUCAAGUCUGCUGGAAAUCCCUGAAGAAUUAGGGGAGGAGUGUGACAAAGAUAAACCUUUCAAAGAAAGGAGGAAGGAAAAUGUAAUGUAUGUAAAAUUGCCAAAUGGUUACAAGACAAUACCUCCAACAGAGUCUGAUGAAGAUGAGCAGGUUUCAGUAGUAGAUGAGAAAGACUUGAUCAAUUCCACAAUGUCAUCAGAGGUCUCUGACAAUGGUACUAACACAUCCACUGAGAGCACUGCUCUACGGAGGAGUAUGAGACAACAGAAAAAGAAAAGGCCAGACUUUCCAAGGAUUAUUAUCAAACCUAUUCCACCUCCUAAAGAAGAAGAUAAGGUUAAGGAGGCAACGAAGGAAACUUUCACCAAUACAAAGUUGGAGAAUGGGGUGAACCACAGUUCUGAUGACAAUUACAGUGACUCCUCAGAGAACCACAAAUCACCAGGACUGUCUGGCUUCCAGAAAACCCAGACCAUGAGAGAAAUGUUAGCUGGGAUACCUGGUAUCAGUAUGAAGCCAAGGAAAAGUAGAAACAGAAAGCUGAGUCAUGCUGCACAGAUUGCCCAGACAAAGGAGGGAUGUAUAGACCUGGAAACUCCAGACUCAAUUCUGGUUAACACCAAUCUUAGGGCUCUGUUUGGCAGAUCCACAUUUAAUCUGCUGCCUGUACAUUACCAGUACAAACUUCUACAACUUCUCCCAGAAUGUGACAGAAUUAUUGAAUGUGAAAGUAAAUUCAGGUUAAGCACAACUUCAUUUAACAAUGAAUUCUUUAACAAGGCUUGUGAAGAAUGGAGAGAGAGGUUAUCAGAAGGUGAAUUCACUCCAGAAAAUCAAUUAAGACUCAAACAGGAUGAAGAAAAGGAACAAACAAAAUUAGAUCCAUGGAAGGCCAAGCACUUUGAACCUGUAUGGGGAAAGAGAUUCAGUGGUCAAGCUGUUCCGAAAGCUGAUAUUCCAUCCCCUCCUCCUCAGCCUCCCAUCCCCAAAAUGAAAAUCAAGCCAGCACUGAAAAAAUCCACAACAAAGGUGUCUACCUUAAUUAAACAGGAGAAGAUUUCACAAACUGUGUCGCAGCCAGUGGCUAACAGUGCAUAUAUAAGUGAAACUCCUUCAUCUCAAAGUGGACUCUUGUUGAAAAUUUCUCAUGACAAAUCUAAAUUUGUGAUGGAUAGAGGUGACAGAAAUGUGAUGCACCCACAAGCAUUGAAAAGAUCCUUGUCAAGUGAUAUCAAUGCUGAUGACCAAGAAGAAAGUCCGUCAAAGAAAACGCGUAUAGCAACAGCGCAUUCUCCAUUGAAAACUGUUAUUCAAGUGUGCUCUGCAAAUCACAUGGCAAAAAUUGCUAAACCUGUUACUAUGGAUACCAGCCCAAGUGCAAAUCAGCCGAAACAAGUAUCUCUACUAAGCACUGCUACCUCAUCCGUUCUUUCACAGAUGCAACAGACUAUUUAUUCUGCUCCAAGACCCCAUGCGUACAUUUCUCCUCCCAAAGGAGGUUCCCAAGAUAUGUCAUCUCAAACAAGGACUCUCGCCCAAAUCAAAGUCCAGACAAAUGCAGCAAGAGGGAUUCCUGUACAGGUAGAAAGGCAGACAAGAACUCUGGCUCAGAUAAAAGCAGAGACCAGAGCCAAAAUUCAAAUGAGAAAUCAAGCAAAACCACAAGAACUAAAUGCUUCCACAACUGUGAAAAAAUUGACAUUUCCAAGUGCAACAGUUGCAAGGCAGGUGCCUAACAUCUUACAUGGUCGACAGCGAAGUAUUCCCAGCAAGACACCUUCUUCUCCUCCAAAUCCCAAUAUUCCUGAACCUCCAGAAGAAACUAAGGACGGGAUCAAAUUAAAAAGAUCUUUACAGAUAUGUAAGGAUGUAAUAAAGAAAACGGGAGGACUUUCAUAUCAAGUCAAUGCGGAUGGCAAAGUCAAAAUUAAUACUCCUGUAUCAAAUUCAGAACCUGUUCCAGUUUUAAAACAAGAACUAAAGCCAAUGGCAUCAGCUGUAUUGACACAGAACACAAAAAGUGCCUCAAAACUUGUGUUUAACAAUCCCCCUUCAUCUGAAAAUAUUACAUCUUCUCUUCCUUCAAUAUCUGGUAUGCUCCCAGCUUCUUCAAGUUUGCAGACUUUAGCUGCUGGUAAUGCAGAUUCAUCCGGACAAUGUGUUGUGCGUGUGACAAAACCCCCUACCACAUUACAGACCCAGGCAACGACAGCCAGGGUGGUCAGUGUACCAGGAUCCAAUGCCAGAUUUCUUAUCCCCUCUGGUAUUUCCACAACAGCUGUUGGUAAUUCUAGUAUUGUGCAAAUCCUGAAUUCUGCCCCUGGUACCAAUUUAGUGACUAUGCAAUCACUUCAGCCCUCAAGAGCCUCCAGUGCUCCCCCUCAGAAUGACGUUAACCCAACAAGUGUUCAAGUACAAACUCUGUCUCGAUCAGCCAGUGUGGGACUUGGUAACAACAGAGUAGAAGCCGGGACUUCCCAGCAGCAUCUCCAGUAUUUACUCCAACAGCAGCACCAGAAUCAGCAACGGCAAAAAAUCGUACGAGUCCAACAAACCGUGUCUGGGGAGGCCAGCACUUCUCAGUCAAAAGUUGUGGACUCUUCCACUGCUCCAGAAGCCAGCAGUACAGACGGUAAUUCAUUCAUGGUUCAGCAAUCAUCAGUAGUUGCUGCUACAGAGUCAUCAUCCAGCAAAACUGCGCAGUCCCCUGUGGCUACUGUGUCAAGGGUCAUUGUUAGCAGUGCAAAUCAACUGGUCAGUCAGAUGAAGAAAGAGGCCCAGUUAGGGAAAACAUUGACCAAUCAGGCCUCCGUAGUCACAGUUCCUUCAUCAACAGGAAAUGGUACAACAAAAAUUGUGCUUCCAACUGCCAUCCUGACCAGUGCAUUGGCUGGGGGCGAAAAUGCAAACUGUGCUUGUAGUUUAAAGGCAAUGAUAAUGUGCAAAAAGUGUGGAGCAUUUUGCCACCAUGAUUGCAUUGGGCCUUCUAAACUGUGUGUGACAUGUUUGAUAACCACUUGAUUCUUUUCCCAGCUGUGCUGACAGUUACGUAUGUGAAAAUCAGGUUGCACUAACAUCAGUUUGUUUUUUUGUCACUAAGAAUUUUGUUUUUGGAUACAUUACUAAACAUGGAUUUCUUAUAGAGGGUAGCAACAGCAGUUGUCCGAGUGUUUCCCUUUUUUCAGCUGUACCUUGAGUUGAUUUUGAACAUAUUUUUAAGUCAUCCAGUAAAUUAUGUCCAGAGUCUUAAUUUAUACAGUUAUGUCCAGAUUCUUAAUUUGAUGCAGCUGUGACAAAUUACAGUGUGUGUAGUGUCAAAUUUAAUACAAAAACAUGCUUAUACGGUCUACUCCACUUAUAUUGAAGCCACUUAUAUUAAACUAUCUAUUAUAUUGAAGUAAAAAUAAAUCCUCAUUAAUAUUACAUGUAUUUAUAAAUUUUAACAUUGGUUUAAUAUAUUGAACUUUGGAUAUACAGUGUAAUGAACAAUUCGGGUAAGUCCCUUAAAUUUCAGUAUAUCUGGAGUAGACUGUAUUUUAUAUUGUGAAAUUUGCCAUCUACACUGUAAUAAGUUUGUAUUAUUUCAAAAACCUUUUAAUUUGGUAUUUGAGAACAUCCAUCAUCAUAGUAUUUGUCUAUUGUUGAAAAAAUUAUAUAUUUUUUAAGGUACAGUUUGGUAUUGUAGAAUGUAGUGAACAAACCAGGGGCUAAUAGAAAAAUGAUUGCAUUACGUAUAUUCUGAAUCUCAUCCAAGGUUAUUUAUGAAAUGACAGUAUUUCUGAAUGCAAAUUGAAAGCAAAAGAGGGGGAAAUAAGACAGAAUUAAAUAACAUUUGUAUAUAUUGUUUAUAUGGAGAUUACCGGUAAAUAUUUUGGUGUGAUAGCAAGAAUCAUUUCAGUGAAAAUUUACCAGAUUUUCUCACAAUUUGAAAAAUAAUACCUUUCACUAUGAAAUGGAUGACUGUUAUAUAUAUUAUCAAUAAAAGCCUGAUAGUUCAGAUGUCCAAAUUUGUUUUCCUGUCCAAUAUAAUUUAACGUUGGACGGUCAUUAAACACUCGGUAAAGCUUUUCAGAGAUUGAUUUCACCUCAUAAUUAACAUACGUGCAAUAGAACCAAACUGUCAGCAUAACAAUAAACAGGAAAAUGUGUGAUGACUUUCUGGUCAUCAUGUGUCAAAUUUCUCUAAUCUUUGGGUUGGAAUACAUACUCUCAAACCCUUUUGAUGGAUGUAUUCUGUAACAUAAGGCUAGACUUUGUAAAUACAUGUAUAUUUCAUAUGUAAUUACUAAUGUUUCCUAUUUAUUCAAAAUUCAUUCCACAAUUCCUUGAGAUAAAUAUUUUAGAAAGAAGGAAAUCGGUGUAUCUCUGUCAUCAUGUAGCCCAAAUGCAUGGUAAGUUUGAUAUUUGCUGUGCAGAUUAAUUAUGCAUGAAGAAAAUCAUUAUGAGGAAGCAUAUUGAAGAUGAGGAAAAACAGUAAAAUUGUUAAUUUAAAAAAAAUAUCUGAAUGUUAAAUAUGUUGCGACAAGAAGUUGUGAAGUAGAAUGAAUUAUUUGAUCAAAGAUUAUUUGUAAUAAUUUCCUGGUUGAAUGAUUGUCUGAAUGAGGAGUUACUUUGUUUUAAUUGCAAGAAAAUGUGUAUAUUAAAGUUUUAUGAUGAAA